UCUUGCCCUACCUUUUUUUCCUAACUUUUUAAUUUGACUGCUUCAUGCAGGUAUAGCACCUUCUCCUGUUAUCCACCUGAGAUAGUUAAGAAAAUGCCUAAAAAGGAUCUAGCUGAGGAGGUUUGGAGGCUUCAGGCAGCUCUAGGCGAGCAAUCAGAAAUCACCAAAUACAGUCAGCAGGAGUUUGAGAGACUUCAAAACGAGAAAGUGUUAUGUAGGGUUUGCUUCGAGAGAGGGAUUAGCGUGGUUUUUCUCCCUUGUAGGCAUCGUAUUCGUUGCAGUAUCUGCUGCGAGAAGUGUAGAAAAUGCCCAAUCUGUCGUGUUUCCAUCGAGGAACGCUUACCUGUAUACGAUGUUUAAUUUCUAACUUACAAGUUCGUAACAUGAGAGUGCAAAGCAAACAUCAAAUAACUUGACAGGUCGGAUGUUACUAUAAAGUUCACAUUAGAGAGUGUUGCUUCUUUGAAUUGACACAUGCUAGUAUAAAGAUAUAGAGUACACAUGCUAUAAUUACAAAAAAAAAA